AUGGCGGUUAGUGUUCCAUUGAGACUAUUGUAUGAGUCUCAAGGACUUGCAGUGAGUAUAGAGACGGACAGCGGAUGUAUGUACCAAGGAGUGCUAAAGGAGAUAGAUGACUAUAUGAAUGUGGAGCUUGUUGAUGUGUCAGUAUAUUCGAAGGAUGGUCUGCAGAGAAAGAAGGAAGUUUUUAUCAGAGGAUCUGCAAUUGUACUGUUUGUAUUACCACCAGCAUUGAAGUUUGCGCCUUUCUUGAAUAAAGUGAAGUAA